AUGCCUACAGACCAACCCGAAGACUCCGUCGAGCCUAAGGGCGACGUAGAGAUGACCGAAACCAACACCCAGGAAACUCCCGCUGAGAACUCCCAAGAUGUCGAGGGCGAGCAGGUUGAGAAUGCAGACGAGACGGCGCUUACUGCUACGGACGAAGUUGUCGAGCCGAGGAUAACUUUUGCCAAUUAUUUGAUGAGUCCUAUCGUUACGCUACUCAUUGGGUCGGGCGAUCAGUCUAUUCUCUCAGCGCAUCAAGGUCUUUUGACACAAAGUCCUUACUUUAAGGAUAUUUGCGACGCCUUUGUCGAAGACGGCAGCCCCCGUCAAAUCGAACUCCCAGACUACGACAUCGACACAGUCGGCAGUUUCCUCGAGUACCUCUAUACAGGCGAAUACUUCCCCAAAAAGCUCCCCGGCCAGCGCGUCCUAGAAUCCGACCCCUCGAUCCCCUCCGUCGACAACAGCGGCGAUCAACUCCUCAAGCACGCGCGCAUCUAUACUCUUGCCGAGAAGUUUGGCGUCGACGGUCUCAAGACGCUUUCCAGCUCCAAGAUCCACUGCGUCAACUCCACAGCCAAGGGCGAGAUCGCAUAUGCUCGUUAUGUCUAUGCCUUCACCAGCAACGACGAUAUUACUAUUCGCGCUCCUGUCGCAAGUUUCUGGGCCACGCGCUCGCAUACCCUGCGUGCCGAGGCGGAGGAGGAGUUCAAGGCUUUGUGUUUGGAGCACCCUCAAUUCGGAUACGAUGUUCUCACCCGCGUCUUGGACCACAAGCUCAAGCGAGAGCGCAACGACAAGAUGCACCCCGCAACCAGCAGCGCACGAAAACGCGCGCGUCACAGCAGCGGUUCUCGUGCCGAAUAA